AUGGAGAAGUUUUCGACCCAAGCCCAAGCGGCGUCGAGCAAUCUGGCGAACUUUGUGAGCCAGCAGGAGCGGGUGAGGAAAGCCGUGGAUACGAAAGAUCUCUCUGCCUUGGAGAAGGAGCACUCCGAGGGAAAAGCCGAAGCCGACCCCUUCGGCGUCCGUGCUUGGUGGCGCCAGACCUGUCCGGAAACGGUGCGUCAGCUGAGCCAGAUCCAGGCGGAGCAGAAGACUUUGGCGGAGACCGCAUGCAAGAUGGAGGCAGACACCAAAGCCGAGUUGCAGGAGUUGUUGCGCAGCCCUUCCUCACUGGACUCCAAGACGAAGCGCCUGCAGGAUGCUCAGAAGGUUCGAGCUGACGGCUUGGAGAAACUCAAGGAGGGCACCAAGGAACUGGCCGAAGUUGUGGACGACGGAGAGGGUGACAUGUAUGAGAUCUUGGCGAAAGAGGGCUGGACGGACCAGAUGAUGAGCGAAGAGCAGAUGAUCUUGGCGCACUCGGAAGUGCAAGCAAGGCGCGAUCGGAACCGCUUCAGAGACGCUAACAAAGCAGCCUCCGACUUGCUGAAAAGUGGGCAACUUCCACCGCAGCUCGGGCAAGUGCACGAUUGCCUGGCAAAGGCGCAGGAGGCAAAAGAGAUCAGCGCUGCUGCAACCACGAGCAAGGUGAAAGCCCAAGAGCGACUUGACUACCUGAAAGGUUACAUAGCGGACACCCGCCGCUACAUAGAAGAUCCUUUGCGUGCUUCUCGCGACAAAGCGAUGGACGACGUGGACGAAGCGCGCCUACUUGCUGAAAAGGCCAUGGCGAGCCUUCGUUCGGCAUUGCAAACACUUUCCGAACGCAGCAGAAUCAAUGAGGCGCUCUAUUUGCAGGAGGCGCACUUGAAGGAGCAGCUGUUUAACGCCGAAGAGCAGCUGCUCCAAGCAGGGCCGGCUUUUCAACAGGCCGAGGCUGCGGGAGAUGAGUGCAACUCGAAGGCGUGUGCCGCAGCGAACGUGGUCGAGAGGGAAGUUGAGGCCACGGCGCGGCAGCUGAAGAGCCUGGCGCAGCCGGAGGCGAAGUUUGCGCUGGGGCAGGUGCUGCGUGCGCAGGAGCUGCUGGACCGCCUCGAGAAGGACAAGGAAGCCGAGAUCCGCUCGCUGAAGAAGGCGUUGGAGACCAACCGCCAGGAGGCGAAUAGCUUUGCAGAAGCUCGACGACAUGGCGGCGCGGCCCAAUUGACGAGCGUGGUGUGCGUGAAGAACUCGCAGAAGAAGAAGCUGGAGAACUCCUUGGGGGUCUGCGAGCAGGAACUGUCGGAGGUGAAAGAAGCCGCCGCCAGGGCUCAGAAUCAGAAGAAGGCCUUCCUCGACCUCAGAGGUGGCUAUGAGUUGGAGAUGGACUCGCAGUCUGCGGAAGCCAAGGAGCAUAUCAAAGAGUGCUACGCCGAACUUAAGCUUCCGUGGAUGGAUCCGGAUCCCACAGACACGACCACUGCCUUGACUAUCCCGUGCCAAGACCCGAUGCUGAAAAGGGUCAAGGAGCUUGAGGAGCUAGUUAAGGACCAACAGGAAUACAGGAAGCAGGAGCUGAAGGAGAAGCAAGAGCUGAUUCAGCAGAUGGCGAUCAUGCAGCGUGAGCUGGCGACCCUGAAGGUGGGGGAUGACACUUGUUCAACAUCUUCAUGGGAUGUUGGUCUUGCAGAAAGCCGUUGA